UUUCAGAUUGAGAGCUUCCUAUGAACGAAAACGGGGCUACUCCGGUGGCGGCCGCUAGAAGGCAUCGACCAUUGCCUGCAGAGAGAGCAACAUCGAACUCAAACGAAACGGGUCUUUUAAUAAAUGUAAUCCGAUCACUAACAUCGUCAGUUUCGGAAGAUCAACGAGAAGUAGAGAAAUCGAGAUUAGAAAAAGGAUAUAAAGAAUCUGGAGCACUAAUCGAUCGUUUAGUUAAAAAUCAUCAACAAGACGUCGAAAAAUGUUUAGUUUCAUUUCGAGAUGUUUCUUCAAAAAUAUCAAAUUGUCGAGAACGUAUUCACAAUGUUCGGAAUGCCCUACACACAGUCAAAAGCUUAUUGGAAUUACGGAGGGAUGACCUGAAAAAGCUGUGGCACGAGAAUGCACAGCAAAAAUCAGUUUGCGAGAUUAUGGCAAAAUUAGAAGAACUUCGAGAAGCUCCAUCAAAAAUCGAGAAUCUAAUCUCAAAAGAACAAUACCAACAGGCAGCUGAUACUGUUACAGAGUCUAGAGAGCUGAUAAAUGGACGAUUAUCACGAGUGGAAGGGCUUUCUCAUUUAUCCGCAGAAAUUGAACGAUUUACUAAAAUUCUCAUCGAUAAGAUCAAUGAUACACUUGUAAACAUGUUAGUUGUGGAGCCUUUUGAGAAACACCUUCUGCACAUAGUUCGAACAAUACCUGAACAUCGAAUAAAUCAAAAUGCAUACUGUCACUCGCUUUCAACGAAAUCUCGAAGUGGCUCCGGCUCCGUAUCUUCUUUCAGUGACGUGUCAGCCAAAUCUCGAAUAGUUUCGUCUGUUGAAGCAUUAUCUACGUUGUUCCGAACUGUUGAAGAAAGACAUUGGGAUGUUGAUAGGCUAAUGAUGCUUGGAAAAAAUAUGAUUGAUAAAAUGAUCGUGAACACAGUACAAGUGAUGAAGAUCGGAGCGAAUAUUGAUGAAAGUAAUGAAGGAGAUACUACACAUUUGAAGCAACUUAUGCAAUUGUUAUCGGCUCAAUUCGACUCUGCCAGUCAGCAACAUGCGGAAUUUGGAGUUCUCGUUGAAAAACAACUCGGAAGAAAAGAUGUUGUCACCUCGUUUUGGAGAUCCGCUCAGUCUGCAAUUGAGGUUGUUGUAUCAGAACAUCUUGACAUUAACCCUCUACUUGAAAAACAAAAUGUACUGGGAACUGCAAGCAGAAAACAAUUAUUCCGCUUUGAAAAUACUGCCUGUGCGACUCCAAAUGCCAACUCUUCCAGUCAUCGGACAAAAGCUGUAAUUUGCAAGCCAUCUGCUUACAAUAUUAAAGUAAUCUUCCCAAUUCUGAGUCGACUUAUGGAAACAACUGAAAAGAAUAUAAAUGAUUCACCGUGUGAAUUACGAAGAUUUAUGCAUUCAUUUGUGAUGGAAGUAUUUGUUGAACGAGUUAAAGGAGAACUUGCUUCUCGUAUUGAAGGAGCAUUGAGAGGAGGAGAAGCUGUCAGAGUUUCUACUAAUAAAAAGAUUCUUCCUUCUUGUGAAAAAGUACUCAAUUUGUGUAAAGAAGUUCAAGAUUUAAUUGUUUCUAUCGAUCUCUAUGCUGAUCGAUUUGCAGCACUUUGGCUUCUCGUUUUAACGGAUUAUUUCAAGAAUAUGACUGAUGUUUACGAUAGAAUGACUCCAAAGAAUCCAGAUCCUUCUCUUCCAAAUUCAGAAGCUCUUCCAACUCGACGACAGAAAAUAUCAGCAGCAUGGACUGCAGAUGAUGAUAUAUCGCGUCUCUUGAUGAGUCUUCCGAACUGGCAUGCUGCUUCAAUUUCUCCAAUGACACCAGCAGUUGAAAGUGAAUUGGACGUCGGUGAACGGAAUAAAAGAGAAUCAGAAAUACUUAUUGGAAAUCUUGGAACUCAAGCACAGAAUAGUCUAAGUGAAAGUGAUUUGAUUACGGAUAUGAAUGAUAUCAAAAUGUUUGCAAGUCUUCAUGAAUCACUACGAUGGUUUAGUGAUGAGAUUCGAGAGCUUGUUCAUUCACUUCCAGCCAAUGUCAAGAUGAUGUUAGACACGUGUAUGGUACAAGUAAGACUAAAAGAUGGACAAAUGAUUGAUAAUAACUCUGUUCCCUCAGCCAUUGAAGAUUGUGUUCGCCGCCUCGAAUCAAUUGCUGAUUCUUGUCUUCUCCUGCUUCACAUCGAAAUUCGUGUUCAUUGUUUCUUCCAUUUGGCUCCACUUGCAAAGUAUCGCAAUACAUCAUCUCAUAAUGAAGUUGAUCCAGAAGUAGUAGCACUUGGAAAGGAUCUUCAUCAAUUCCAUGACAAUUUGAAAGAUGUUUUAUCGCCUGCGAAGCUUUCUUAUGUAUUCGAUGGACUUGGACAUCUUUGUGCAUCAUUAUUUAUUCAUUACAGUCAAUUCAUGCCACGACUCACUGAAGCUGCAAAGAAAAGAGUUUGCCGUAAUGUGUGGGGAGUCCAGCAGCGCCUGUCAAGGAUCACAAAUCGUCGAGAAUCUGAUCUCGAUAGAGCCCGUGCAUUUUUCGAUUUAUUAUUGGACAAUACUCCUGAUGGAAUUUUGGCAAUUGUUCCAGAAAAGAGAUCCCAAUUCACGGCAACCGAACUCAACUACCUACUCGCUUUAUCAGUUCGCAGUGAUAAGACGCUUGCAAGUCAGCCAGGAGCACUCGAAAAGCGACAAAUGGUUCUAAAUUCUAUCCUCAAUCAGAAGAAAUAGCCAUGAUCUUUUUUUAUUAAUUAAAUUUAUUUUAAAUAUUUAUGAUUUUAAGUGCUUUCUUUCUAUUCAACUUUCUGUGAUACUUAUGUCUAAAAUGUUGCGCAAACGCCUCCGCUACGUGUAAUAUACAUUUUUUUAUUUAUAUU